GAAGCGAAAGUUUAAGAACUGACUUUUUGCCAAUAAAAAUGAAAAUGGUCCCAUAGUGCCAUGGUACAGUAUUGUAAAAUGCUAUUCUUUAAACAAUGCAGUAAAGAAAUCAGUAAUUGGGUCACCACUGCUGUUUAAAUGCCUCAACUGGCUUAAACUCGAAAUGUAAAAACACGAAAACAAAAAUAAUAUUUUAAACAAAACCGUCAUGACGAACACUUCGAUACAGCUGCCAUGCGCGGCGCAAAGUGUCGGCGCAGUCAAUAGUCUAGUUACCACACUGUUCCAAACGAUAUUAACAGCACAAUGCGCGCUUUCUGCAAAGUCCGACUGGCCUCCGGACUACGGCGAUGAGGCACUGAACGAUGGUAUCGGGAAAUACGAUUUCAUAGUUAUAGGUGCUGGCUCGGCAGGCUCGGUUGUUGCCAGUCGUUUGAGCGAGAAUGCCAAGUGGAAAGUGCUGGUGUUGGAGGCGGGCGAUGACCCACCACAGGAGUCAGAGAUUCCUGGCUUGCAGGGUUAUUUGGAGCGCACUCGUUAUUCUUGGGACUACUACUCGGAACCACAACCACACAUUUGUCAAGCGCUAAAACGUCGAUUGUGCUACAUUCCGCGCGGUAAGCUCAUAGGCGGCACAGGCGCAAUAAAUGGCAUGAUAUACGUGAAGGGGCAUCGCCAGGAUUUCGACGAUUGGCUGGCAGCGGGCAAUACACAGUGGGGCUGGGCUGAUGUGAAGCAAUUUUAUGAGCGCGCUGUGAGCCCUGUGGGCAAUGCCACGCAUCCCAUGGGCUAUGUGGUGCUCGACGCAAACAAAGAUGUAGGGAGUGUGCUAUUGAACGGCGCCAUUUUCAAUGCUACCGCAGAAUUGGGCGUGCCCUCCAAGUCGGCGUUCGAAGAUGGCAUAGAAGUAGGCACUGCAUUCUUGCCGGUAACUAAUAGCAAUGGUAGACGCAUGGCUACUGGGAAAACAUAUUUGGCCAAGGUUUCGAGGCGACCGAAUCUGCAUGUGAUCAAAAAUGCGCACGUGCACAAAAUCCAUUUCGAUAGUAGCGGCAAGCGGGCCACCAGGGUAACAUUUUCGUUGCGCGAGAGUUAUGAGUUGAGUGCUGAGGUGCGCAAGGAGGUGGUGCUCUCGGCAGGCACCAUAGAUUCGCCCAAGUUGCUGAUGUUAUCGGGCGUGGGACCGCGCAAGCAUCUUGAAAAACUGGACAUACCGGUGGUACACGAUCUGCCAGUUGGUUCAAAUCUGCGCGAUCACGUAAGCCUAAUGGUUCAUUUUAAAUUUGAAAACACAUCUUUCGACGCGUUGGAGCAGACGAGGCACAUCGAUUUAUUAUACCAAUUCCUGACUCGCAACAACGGUCGGUUGGUUAAUGGAUCAAGUAGUAUCACCUCCUUCGUGAACACCAAAAGGGAUAGCGAUUUACCAGAUAUACAAUAUCACUACGCACUAAACCAACAAGGCGAUGUUGAGUCCCUCGGAGUUUAUUUUGCGCGACGUGACCAAAAGUACACAGCGAGCUUAAUUCGGCAAUUAAGGAAGUCACAUUUGAUCUCCUUUUUAUUGUUGUCGACCAAGCCUCGCUCCGUAGGCAAAAUACGUCUGCGCAGUUCCGAUUACCUUGAUCAUCCACGCAUCUUUUCGAAUUAUCUUAGUGAUCCCGAAGACAUGGCGACUAUAUUGCGCGGGAUACGCUUUAUCGAACGCUUAGAGCGCACAAACGCCAUGCGGGAACUAAAUGCAACCCUGUUCCGUAUACCACUCGAGGAGUGCGAUGAGUACGAGUACCGCUCCGAAGCCUACUGGCGUUGCUACGUUAAAUACUUCGGAGAAGCGGGUUAUCACCCGACCGGCACCGUGAAAAUGGGCCCCAGUAGCGAUCGGGGAGCAUGCGUGGAUCCACGCUUACGGCUUUAUGGUGUAGAGAAUUUGCGAGUGGCCGAUGCCAGCAUAAUGCCCGAUGUGCCACACGCAAAUACGAAUGCACCGACGAUUAUGAUUGGCGAAAGGGGGGCGGACUUUAUAAAACAGGAUUGGAAAGAGGAUGACCAAGGGGCGAAUGAGUCAAAGCGACGUAGUUUAAAUACAUUAUAAGUCGAACACUUUCUUUUACAAUCACGUUUUUUGUUUAACUAAUCCUCCUCCGAAAAUAAAUGCAU